UCAGAAACACCUGGAGUAGUCACUGGUGAAAAGGGGAUACAUCAGGCGAGUUUAGCCUGACAGAUAAGAACAGCGAAAAGGCACAACUAGGGUUUAACAACAGCGGUAUCAUUUAUUCAUUUUAAAACGCAAGCAAUACUUUUUUUUUAGGUGUUAAACUUAUUAAACUUUAAAUAUGUUAGUUCAUAAACUUGUUUUUUUCUGCUGGCUUGUGGCAACCUGUUUCGGAGAGGCGGCUGAAACGAUAAACACCCAACCACCAACAACAACAUUAAAGACGGACACAACCGAGAGCAGCACUGCUACCUCCACAUCCCCACUUACAUCUACCACCCAGACCCCGGCGGAUACGUCGACCACGUCUAAAACCAGUGAAAUAACAACUACUCCAGGCCAAGAAAGCUCCAGUACAACAUCAAGCACCACUGUAACCGAGAGCAGCACUGCUACGUCCACAUCCACACCUACAUCUACCACCCAAACCCCGGCAGAUACGUUAACCACGUCUAAACCCAGUGAAAUAACAACUACUCCAGGCCAAGAAAGCUCCACUACAACAUCAAGCACCAUUGUAACCGAGAGCAGCACUGCUACGUCCACAUCCCCACCUACAUCUACCACCCAAACCCCGGCGGAUACGUCGACUACGUCUAAACCCAGUGAAAUAACAACUACUCCAGGCCAAGAAAGCUCCACUACAACAUCAAGCACCACUGUAACCGAGAGCAGCACUGCUACGUCCACAUCCACACCUACAUCUACCACCCAAACCCCGGCGGAUACGUCAACCACGUCUAAACCCAGUGAAAUAACAACUACUCCAGGCCAAGAUAGCUCCACUACAACAUCAAGCACCACUGUAACCGGGAGCAGCACUGCUACGUCCACAUCCCUACCUACAUCUACCACAACAGGAACAGAGACGACCAACAACACCACGCCAGGAGAGCCGAGCACUACCACAACUACUGUCCCCACCACCACUAAGCCACCAGCCUGCAGCUCGAAUCCUUGUCCCUUUGACAGCAUCUGUGUUGAAUUGUUUGAUGGAUUCACCUGCCAGUGUUUUGCUGGGUCAUUCCUCUUUGAAGGCAGCUGUAGGAAAGCGAAGGUCUUUGCUGGCGACUUGCGUCUCACGGACCAGCUGUUUGAGGAGGGAAUGAAGGACACCGGGUCCAAAAUAUUUCUGGAAACGGCCACAAAUAUACAAACUGCGCUGAAAGCGGCAUUGGGCAACGAUUCAAAUUAUAUUGAAUCCAAAGUCCUGCAACUCAGAAAUGGCAGCAUAAUCGCAACUGUGGACAACAUUUACAAAACCACGUCCACUUUGACCCCGACGUCCUUUGACACUGCCUUCAACAAGUCAGUCCAACAGUGUGGAAACGACUGUGCGAUACUACAAAAAUCCACGUUCUCAAAAGUUGACCUAUGCAUGCAGAAACCAGCUCCUUGUGAUGUGGAUACAACAACCUGUAAAAAUAAUGAUGGCAACUUGAACUGUGUAUGCAAGCCUGGCUACAUCAGGUCAACAUUCUCGAGCAGAAGCUGCUCAGCUUGCCCCAGUGGACAGAAAAUAGAGAAAGGCAUGUGUGUCCCAUGUUCAUUUGGCUACUCAGGAUUUAACUGCAAUGACUCGAACCUGUUGGCUGUUGUGGUGAUCUCCUGUGUACUGGGCGCACUGCUGCUUAUCACGCUGCUGGCAUUUACCAUCUACGGCUGCAGGACGAAACCAAAAGACUACAGCAGUCCUUACCCCCCCGCUCAGGAGACCAGGACCACUUGGACCAAUUCCAAUGUACCCAAGAUCCCGCGGGCCAGCGCCAAUAUAAAUGCCCAGUGGGACUCGCCCAAUCUGGAGAUGAUGGAGAGUGGCAGCACGCGGGCCCUGGUGGCCAAGGAUCGUCCUGGAAACGGAGUGAUGGGCCCUUACAGCGGCAUGAAGACCUUCGCAGGCAGCGAGCCGUCGCCCUACUACGGCCGGGACAAUCCACGCUUUAUCGGCGAUUACGAGCGUGGAACCAGAUAGGACCAGCAGCAAAAGAAAACAGCGUCUCUAUCUCUUUCAAUUUCACUCCGAGAUAUCUUGCGCUGUAAACAUGGCCUCCCAAACAAACCCAGCCCACUACCACUGGUUCAUGGUGCUUCAGUUUGAUAUCCAAUGUGCAUUUUUUUUUUUUGCAAAAGAAAAAUUUCGGGUUAAAUUAUUUCCUCCUUUUUAUUUAAUUUUUACAUUAUUUAUGACGGCAACAACGCUGGGUUAGAAUCUGAAUGGCAGGAUGUACACAUAAACUACUAUGGAAUAAAAUAUUACAAAAUAUAAAAUUUAAUAAUAAGUCAUUGAGAUUCCUCAGUUCUAAAAAUAUUGUAGGGUUAUAUACUAUUAUAUAGACUGAUGGGGAAACGUUUGACAGUACAAUGGACAGUUGUUUUUAAAGCAUGGUUAUCUUUAAUAAGACAUUAAGCCAUGACUUAUUGAAAUGAUAAUUUCUCUCUGGGUAAGUUAUGGUGAAAGACAAUGAACUGCAGUUCUGUCUUGUAAUCAUUUAACACAUUUCACCCAGUUUUGAGAUACAUACUGUACUGAGGAAUCAGUGUUAAGAUGUAAUGUGCAUGGUAUCCAACAGAUGUCACUGUUUCCAAGCACACUCACGCACGACUGGGAGUUCUUUCACACUCUUAAUUUUUAUGCACACUUGUACUCUGUGGGCAAGAGAUAGGGGUUCAGAAAUUCUCUUGUGAAUUGAAGCUGUUUUUGAUUGUGGUUUUUGUUUGAACAAUCAUGUCUAUUUAUACAAGGAUUAUCCAUCAGAAGCUGAUAUUAAUUUUGUUAAAAUAUAACAUUACCUUUGUGCACACCAAGUCAUUCCUAAUUAUAACAAAGGCUUUUGGUUAAUGUUAGGUUACAUUUUGUUCAUUAUACAGUACCUGAAACUAUUUUAUGUGAAAUGCACAGGUAAGUUUUAAGAUGUAAUGGCAAUAACAAAUGAUGAAUUUCUUAGCUGUGAACCUUAUAAUUGAAUGGAUUUUGUAAUUUUUCUCAUUGUACAGAUAGACUUUUUAAUGAAAAAAUUCAGGUCUGACUGUUUGGUAACAUCUGCGUUAUAGGACCAGCCCCAUAACCACAGUACCACAUAUUUAUUAAAAUGGGUUUACACAUUUUUAUUUUUUUUCACAAUUAUUAUCAAGUUAUUCACCGUUUCAAAUAGCCAAAAAGAUUUCAAACUACCAAAAGAUGUAAACUCUCUAUCUGUUUUUCUUGUUUACCAGCCACCAUGAUGGAUACUUUGGUUUCAUAGAUUACUAAAGCAUCUGAAAUAAACGUAUUUAUUAAUAAAUCUAAAUUGCCUCACAAGGUAAAGCUAGUGAAGUGGAAUAGGAGUGGAAUGAUUGAAUUUACUUUCAUGACUGCACAUAUGCUGAUUUAUGUUAUUGUUUCCAAAUUACUUUAUGGAUUUAUGUUCUGUUUUUGAGUCUCAAAGUUCACAACAACAAAUUUUUAAUUAUUUUUUCUAUACGGGCUGGAACCCAGGAAUAAUAGUUUGGGAGGAUAUAUUAUAAUUAAUGAGGCAUAGUGUGUUGAGUGAAGGGAUCGUGGGUUAUGAGAGUGUCUCCCAGUUUUGCGUUUUUGAAAUUUAUCAACUGUUCAUGCCAUUUGUCUUCGCUCAUUUCAAAAAUAACGGGCAUAAUGCCAAAAUCAAGCUUUUGAUAAUCCGUGUAUUUCAAUGUGCCAAUAUUAUGCAUUAUAUAUUACAGUGAAUGUGUUCAAAUGUCACCAUAGGUUUUAGUCAUAUGUAUAUAACAUGUAAUGAGUGCUUAAAAUGAUAAACUUUUUUUUCAAAAUUUUCUAAUUGUACAUAAUUUUGUAAAAGGAAACAGAAAAGGUUUUUUUUACACAGAAGGGCAUGAGUUGGGAAUGAACACUGAAAUAAAUUAAUUUAAACAUA